AAUAUAGGUUUUACCUAAUCUCUGUCACACUUAUGAAAUCAUAAUGCUUAAGCGUUUGUUGUUUUUCGUUUCGUACUUUUCCUUCAUUUUGGAAGUUGUAUAUCUUGAGAAUGCAGUUGAAGUCUUUUUUAAACCAAAAUCAGUUUAUCUUCAGUCAGGUGAAUACCAAAUAAUAGGCAUAGAAUUAAACCGUACAGUAGAACAUGAUGUAUAUCUUGAAUUUCAAUACUGGGAUCAGAAUGGCUCUCCAAUAUCCCCUAAAGAAGCAAAGAACUUUGUUAUUCGUCCUGUAGACAAUGUUACCAUUGAAAAGAUGCAAUCAAAACCUUCAAAUGUAAUCGUUUUCGCUAAAACACCUGGUCACAUAUAUUUAGGCAUAAAGCCUGUAGAAAACAUAAACAUUGUGAACGCGGGCGUACCUAUUUUUCCUGUGAUUGUGGUGCAUUAUCGUUGGUUAAAUAUACUACAGAUUGUGAUUGGUUGGCUUUACUUUGCCGCUUGGACAGUUUCAUUCUAUCCUCAAUUAAUUUUAAACUGUAAACGAAAGAGUGUAGUUGGAUUCAAUUUUGACUUUGCUGUAUUGAAUGUGGUUGGAUUUUUAUUCUAUAGCAUUUAUAAUAUUGGUUUAUAUUGGAUUCCACUUAUUCAGGAACAAUAUUUAAAAAGAAAUCCAUUGGGUUCAGUACCGGUGUUACCAAAUGAUCUGGCAUUUGCAUUUCAUGCAUUAUUCAUUUCUUCAGUAACAGCUUCACAAAUAUUAUGCUAUGAGCGUGGUGGUCAACGUGUAUCGAAAAUAUGUAUAGGUAUAUUAAUAUUAAUCACAAUCUAUACAAUUAUUGUAUGCAUUUUGGGUGGAGUCAAUACAAUGGAAUGGUUAGAUACUUUCUACUUAUUAUCUUAUAUUAAACUAUUUAUAUCAUUCAUUAAAUAUGCACCACAGGCUUUAAUGAAUUUUCGUCGUAAGAGUACAGUUGGUUGGAGUAUAGGUAAUAUCAUAUUAGAUUUUACUGGAGGAAUUCUAAGUAUUGCACAAAUGGUGAUCAUAGCAUAUAAUACAAAUGAUGUUAGCAGUAUCACUGGAUCACCAAUUAAACUUGGCUUAGGUAUUUUAUCCAUUGGAUUUGAUAUUUUAUUCAUGGUACAACAUUGGUGUUUGUAUCCAUCCUCAGCCGCAGUGUCUGCUAAUUCUUCAUCACCAUCCUCUUCUAGAACAUUGACAAAAUCGGAAAAAUCUGAUCUUGAAAGCGAAGAUGUAUAGUUAGUAUUGAUUGAUCCCUUUGAGUUGGAAAUAAUGAGCGUUUUUUUGUUUUGUUUCUAUGUGCAACAAAACAACAGACAAUCUUUCCUCUCUCUCUCUAUUAUUUUCAUUUAUGUAUUUGAAAAAAACAGAUUAGAUCUUGACAUAGAUUUUCUUUUUAUGUAUUUAAUCAGUUUUUUAAUUCAGGUACCUGUUAGUUAGUAGUGAUCAGCUCUUUUGACAAUAUAACUUUGCUUUGUAACAAUAAAAAUUCUAAUCAAUUUUUUUCUUUUUUUGGAGUAAAUAUGUUGUGUUUUUCAAUUUAAAAUUUAAAUUCAGUUUUUUUUUAUUAGUUCACG